AUGGUGUUGUGUGAGCCAGCUGGGAGCCGGACGGUGUUGUGUGAGCCAGCUGCACCUACUGCUACUGCUGUUGCUGCUCCUGCUCAAGUGGUUGCUGGUUCAUCACAGGGAGACGCCAGCACCAGCGAGGAUACUACCCACCGGGUCCCUAAACCCAAUGCUGUCGAGGAAGAGAAGAAAAAAACCGGCAUCGAUGCCAGAGAAAACGAUGGACUUGGAUCUAUUGAGAACGCGCAAAACCUUAGGAUUCUAAGAUCUACACAAUCAAGCGAUAAGGAAGAUGAUAAGGAAGAUGGUAAGGAAAGAACGUCAGGAGGCGCUGUUGAGGAGGAUAGUUCAUAUCAGCUACGUUUAGAUGACGCACUUGAGAACGCAGCUCCAGAGACCAGAGUCACAGAUAUGCAAAGCACCCAAGCCAUUCACACGGACUUGGUGAAGGAGAAAAUAGCAAAUAACUUGAAGAGGACUGAUUCCGCACAGCCGAAUUCUGUUAAUAUUUUCAUUGAUGAGUUCAUUAGGAGUUACGGCAGUCGGGACUUGACGGCGGCCAAGACAAUGGAUGUUAAAGACUCAAUGAGCUCCCGAGGCUACGCCGGUCCUCCAGCCUCGACCCUGGCAACACCAGUCAAGAGUGAUCAUUGUGGUGGUGUUAUUACCGUCUCAAGCAACUACCACACCAUUAAAUCUCCAAAUUACCCUUCAAACUACCCGGCAAACUCUCGAUGCAUCUGGACUGUUGUUGCCCAUAAAGACAGUAAUUAUGAUCAAGUCAAAGUGUGGAUUCAAGAUUUUGAGCUCGAGGGCUCUGAUUGUAGCAGUGAUUCCCUCAAGAUCACAGACCUCGCUGUGGGUAAAACAGCUGUCUACUGUGGUGCUGAGUACAAUGAGACCUUCAUCUCCAUGGGAAAUUCUUUAGCCUUAGCUUUUAUGAGUGAUAAUACAAUCAACAAAAGAGGUUUCGUAAUCAAAGUGCAGGGGAUUAAAUCCACUUGUGGAAUGAUUCAUAAAACUAUAGGAAAUGAAUCAUUAAUUUUUUCUACCCCAAAUUUCCCACUGACAUACCCGACUGAUUCUCGCUGUCAUUGGUUAAUUGUCUCAAAGACAGAAAUGGCUUUGAAGUUGAUUAACCACCAAAAUGGAGAAGAAAAUUCGGAUUCCUUAUUGAUUUCUACAAACUUAUUUGGAACAUAUGAAACGUACAAACAGGAGAAUAUUUAUUUAUCAUACAUUUUCUCUGUAACGUUUAUUGCUAAUUCGUUUUUAAAGAAAAUUCCACCGAAUCCGGAUCUUCGUCCGGGUUUACGAUUUAAAUUAUUGCCAGUAACUAAAACACAAUCUUGUGACAACACUUUAACUGUAACUGCCAGUUCGUCCGUUGUAAUAAACUCCAAUAGAUAUCCAAAUGGCUACGAACCUUCAUCCAACUGCUGGUGGACAAUCAUAUAUCACAUAAACAGCAGCUACGUCUCAAGUCUACGAUUCGUAGACUUCGACAUAGAGAAGCACGCUAACUGUCGCUAUGACGCCUUGCAGAUAAUUGAUGAAGCGAUUGGUCUAAAGAAGAAUUUUUGCGGAGCCCAAAAAAAUUUUGAGUAUGUGACUGAGAGCAAAGAAUUGAAACUCCAUUUCAAGAGUGAUUCGUUCAAUAUUCACUCUCAUAAAGGUUUUUCCAUAUAUGCCUCGGCACAGGACAUGAGAAGAGAUGAGUGCAGUGUUGAGAGGCCGGAUGAAGACACUUGGGUCAUAAAGUCCCCCAGUCAUUUCAUGGACAGUCCGGCCUACACUGCCUGCACCAUCACCAUCAACAGUACCACAGCAAACCGCUUCAGUGUCCGCUUUAAUAAAUUCAAUCUCCAAAGACGGGAACCAUGUAGCGAAGGCAGCUACUUGUCAAUAGAAGACAAGGGCGUCAAUAGAACGGAGCUGUUUUGUGGAAGAAUGGGAGGACAUACCUUUAUUACUGCUGGAAACGUCAUAAAAUUGUUCUAUUCUUCAGAACGGAAUGACGUCUCUGAAAACUUCCAGGUGGAAUUCAGGACUUUCUAUGAUUCUGACUGUGGAGGAAACUACGAACUGAGACCCAGAGAGGGUGUGGACCUACAUUCUCCUCCUCUUAAAAAGCUGGAGAAAAUUUGUGUUUGGGUCCUACAGGGUAAAAACAGCCUUCUGGUUCUGGACUUUAAGCGUGUGGAAAAUACAAGAGUAUCACAAACUGGUCUGUAUAGUGAUAUUUAUAGUUAUAAUCCCAGAACGUUACAUUUCAUUCAACCUUCUGACAAAUAUAUGAUCCUCACCAGAGAGAACAAUGUAAAGAUUCAAGCCAACGCAUAUGCCACGUUUUCAGACUGUAAUUCAAUCCUUCACUUAACAACGGCACCUGUAAUAGUACAAAAUUCAGGUAACCGUCACUGUUCGCAGGUGGUGAGUUCAAGCAACGGCAGAAAAGUGGUGUCUGCCAUUCAGUAUACGUUGCUCUCCACGACACAUCCCUCUGCCUGCCCUCUAGAGGUCAUCAACGCCGAAACAGCUAUAAAGAGCACACUUUGUAUCAAAGACUGGAGAAAUACGUAUUCAGUUAUAAGCGAAAAAUUGCUCAUAAACCCUAUCAUUCCAGACGAUGAUAUCCCAAGCAGUUUCAUGGUUUUUGUGGAACCAGUCAAAUACGUAUGUGGGGAAAUAUUUGACGUGAAAGAAAAGAACAUUAUCGUGAGAAGCAGAACUGCAAACGCGAGAUAUACUUGUGUUUACAGAUUUUUAAGCGGUGGUAAUAGAAUUGUGUUGGAUGUGGCCACGGGAAGCAAGAAAGCUCUUACCUACCUCAGUGUCUCCACCGAUGGGUCUUUCCACACCCUAAAGCAGCUGUCUUCUAUGAUUACAACUUCGUUGAUAACGACGACGGAAUUCUUGGUCGUUGUUAAGCCCUUCCCACGGAGUGUGAGUUUCAUGUUUCAGGUGUCGAGAGAUCUUCCAGUAACAUCCCCCUGCCACUCUUGCUUAAUUGUCCAGGCGGGCAGCGAAGGGGUGGUCAAGUCGCCCAGUUCCCAUCACGACACCACCUAUCCCUCUGGAUUAACCUGCAACGUCAAAUUUGAUUCUGAAAAUAUAAACAGAACUGUUAUUAUGGAAGUCGAAUAUCUCGAUCUUCCUUUAAACACGUCGCUAGAUUCGCUGUGCAUAAUUAAAGAUGGAGUGAGUACUGUUAUUGAUGUUUCACGGCUGCCGACCUUGAAUCAAAUUUUGCUCAUUGAAACACCGUUCUCUCUCCGGUUCGUCACCACCACUGCCAAUAAAUAUGAAGGUUACAAGAUACGCUAUAAGGUCAAUGAAUGUGGAGGCAUAGUAAUGUUGAAUAAUGAUACAGCUGUAACAAUACAAUCCCUUGGGUAUGGUGACAUUUAUCCAGUAAACAUGCAGUGUGUGUGGCUUGUCCAGACGAAUAUAACCAACAUAAGCGAUAGGGUAAAGCUGAAGAUCGUUGAGUUUGAUAUUCAUGAAUCAGAUUCGUUUGAGGUGUUUGAUCCUUUGUAUUCAAAGGAUCCUGUUGUCAUAUUCAGAGGCUCUGCUGCUAACCAGGGAAUACGAAGUGUCGGAAAUCAGUUAAAGGUUGUGUUUACGUCCGAUUCACGUUACGUAAGUUCAGGGUUCGUCUUCAGUGUUCGGGCUGUCGUAUCUGGCUGCGGUGGAGACAUUGACACUGGCAUCGAAGAGGAAGGCAAAAUUAGUACUUUGGAUUCUUUCCCAAAUACUGAUUAUUGUUUAUUUCGUCUACGACCCAACCAAGGACGCGUGAUGUCCAUAUCUCCCCUGAAGGAGUCCAGCAGCCGUCAAGAGCGAGGACACUCGCCAGGGACAAGUGUCCAGCCCACAGAAGAACCAGACUGGGAGAGAGGUACCAAAUGUCACGCAGGUAGUGUGGUGAUAACCACCACUGGGUUCCUGAGUGACGGUAAAAGAUAUUGUGUAGGUGAUGAUUUUCAGGCCGUGUUGUCUACGCAAGACGUAUUGUUGGUAGUAAGGGCUCCUCCGUUACCACCUGUGGAAUUCUCUUACCGUGCAAGUGGGUGUGGAGGAGAGCUGGUGGUACUAGAAGGCUCAGUGGGCCAAUUGUCAUCUCCGAAUUAUCCUGAUGUGUUCACUGGGCCUCUCACUUGUGCUUGGACUUCCAGGAACCCUCUCUUCAUUACCAUCACAUACCUUGAUAUACAACCAAAACUGGACUCCCUGAUUCUUGCAGAUCUCGAACGUGUUAUCACCGUAAGUACGCUACAGUUACCAAGCUACAUACAGCUGGACGGCCCAGCUACAGUAACCUUCUCCGGUAGUAGUUUGGGCCUCAAGACUGGGUUCAACUUACAGUACGAGAGAGUAGAAGUUCAGGGUGUAUGGGAUGUUGCAAUGGGUGCUCCGGUCACGAUUCUGGGCUUUCAAGGUAAUCGUAACUGGAUCUCAACGUGGCGCGUUCGGGCUCCCACUGGGAACAAGGGUCUCACGCUGCGAAUCUGGGGUGCCUACGUACCCAGCAACUCAGAGUGCAGCGAAAGCUUUCUCCUAGUACAUGGGGAAACGGAAGUUGUCCAGCGACUCUGUGGUGGGCAAGUCAUGCGCACUUUGCAUGCCGAGGGCCGAUACAUGUUUCUCAGCCUGUAUUCGUCCUCCUCAUUAGCCGUCUUUGUUGCUUCAGUACACGUCAUGACUUGAUCUGGAAAUAUGCACUCCACCAACGAGGUAGCAGCAGCAGCCGGGGUUAGCCUUAAGGGUCUCCGACUUGCGCUCAC